AUGACUGAAUCGCCAGCAGAGGGUUCUUCUACGAACGAGCCUUUGGUGAUCAAUGACUUCGAGAUUUUAGAAGAAAUUGGCAGUGGAGGCUUCAGUAGGGUGCAUCUCGCUAAGCAUCAAAAAACAGGAACUUAUGCCGCUGUUAAAAUUGUAAAUCUGCCUGCUUUACAGGAAGGUGAAUUUGUCGGAAUUAUGCGUGAAAUUAGUGUUUUCAUGCAAGUUGACCAUCCAAAUAUCUGUAGCCUUUAUAACUUAACUGUUUAUAAAAAUCAAUUAUAUUUCUUCAUGGAGUGCGCUCCAGGAGGAACGUUACUCAGUAUGGUAAACCAAAAGAAAGGGCUUAAGGAACCAGAAGCACAAAAAUUAUUUAUUCAAUUAUAUUCUGCAGUAAGACAUUUGCAUACAAUGCAUUUCCUCGUUCAUCGUGACCUUAAACUCGAAAAUGUUUUGCUUGAUGCCAAUGGCAAUGUUAAGUUAACAGAUUUUGGUUUAUCUUCCACGAAUUAUUGCAACAAAAUGCGAACAAUCGUCGGUACACCUGGUUUUUCUGCUCCUGAAGUACUCGCAGGUGCUGAUUACGAUGAAAAAUGCGAUGUUUGGUCUUUAGGUGUUUGUUUAUAUGCAAUGUUAACAGCAAUGCUUCCUUUUACUCCACAAAAUACAAAUCCAAGACAACUAAUUGAAGAAGCUACGAAAUUAACAUUUCCUCCUUCGUUUACGCCCGCGGUUCAAGAUCUUUUAAAGAGAAUGUUCGAGGUCAGACCAUCAAACAGAAUGACUCUGAUUCAACUUCAGAACCAUCCGUGGUUGCGUGGACUUUCUCAGAUCAGAAAUGUUACUCCACAUCCGAUAGUUUUUUAUAACGUACCAAAAAUUCAAGAUAUUGCCAAAUUCAAACGUAAACCAUGGAAACCUGUUCAGGCAGUAUUAGAUAAAUGCACCGAACUUGGUUAUAAUUCUGAAGAUAUUACAAAAGAUUUGGAAGAAGGCCAAAUCAACGAAAAUACAACUGCAUAUUUUUGUUUGCUUUAUCCUCUUACCGAAAAACCAUGCUUUUCUCAACCGAAAUCGCAAACAGUUUGCGCAGGAUCUAAAAAGAGGGUUGUAACCGAAAAGAAGAUGGGAAGUGCAACAAUGUUAGGUCGUAUGUCUCCAGGAAGAACAAAUUCCUCUACAUUAAAAUCCGGAGCAAAAGCAGUUGUUGGUCCUAGAAAGAACCUCUCAAGCCAUCAUAACCACGGACUUUAG